UAAAUACAGAGGUUGUUUCAAGUCAUUCUCCAAACUAACAAAAAUGCUCUCAACUUGCAUUCAACACCUAAAAUCUCAACCCCUAUGGAUCCUCAUCCUCUCUUCUCUUGGUUUGCUUUCUAUCUACAAACACACCUUCUCUCUCCUCAAAUUGGUCUUCAUCACCUUCCUCAGGCCUCCCAAGAACCUCAAGGAAAACUAUGGUUCAUGCGCACUCAUCACUGGAUCCACAGAUGGGAUUGGAAAAGCCUUUGCUUUCCAACUAGCCCAAAAGGGUCUCAACCUCAUACUUGUAAGUAGAAACUCCCAAAAGCUCAGAUUAGUCUCAAGUGAAAUUCAAGCCCAAUACCCACAUACCAAGAUCAAGGUGGUGGUGUUGGACUUUUCCGGUGACAUCACAGCUGGGAUCAGGGUGGUGGAGGAGGCAGUGGAAGGGGUGGAGGUGGGUGUUUUGGUGAAUAAUGUCGGGGUUUCGUACCCGACGGCGAGGUUUUUUCAUGAGGUGGAGGAGGACGUGUGGAGAAGGGUGGUUAGGGUUAAUUUAGAAGGUACAACUAGGGUUACAAGAGCUGUUUUGAAAGGGAUGAUUGAGAGGAAGAGAGGUGCAAUUGUUAAUGUUGGCUCUGGUGCUGCCAUUGUUGUUCCUUCUCAUCCUCUCUAUGCUGUUUAUGCUGCUACCAAAGCAUAUGUUGAUCAAUUUUCAAGAAGCCUACACGUGGAAUAUAAGCAUUUUGGGAUUCAUGUGCAGUGCCAGGUACCAUUGUAUGUCUCUACCAAAAUGGCAUCCAAGCUUGCAUCAAUAGAGAAAUCAUCUUUCUUCAUACCGACACCCGAAAAAUAUGCUCAGGCAGCAAUUCGGAGAAUAGGCUAUGAAGCGCGAUGCACUCCUUACAUGACACACUCGAUUCAGUGGUUCUUCGCCUCCUUACUACCAGAGUCUAUUCUUGAUUCGUGGCGGCUUUCCAUCGGAUUAAGUAGGAGAGGGAAGAUCGAUAUAUCAUAUUAACACUAUACAUAAUUGAAUAAUCUUAUAUAUUUCAUAUUGUUGUUGUUGGAGAGAAGUCUAAUAUAAAGUUGUCUUAGUGAUUGUAGUCUCUUGAUUGUUUCGAUAUUUUAUGAACCAAAAUUUGUAAUGGAUUUACCCUUUAUCCUAAUUAAUUGAAUCUUUAGU